GUGCAUGUCACAGAUAAACAACUCAAGUAAGCAUUGCCAGCUUGUGAUCUAUUAACCAGAUAUGGAUUAUUCUCCAAGAGGAUUCCUAGCACGUGCUGUGGUGGAUAAAACCCGAAAUGAUAUUUCACUUGAUAACUGUGACAUGUCAGCAUGGUACACAUUAUCAAAACUUCCGGGAAAAUAUGAGAAGAGAUUUGUUAACAUGCAGAGUCCAGAUGAAAUCACGCUCAAGUGGUUAGAGCAAUCUAAAGAAGUUUCCGGUAAACUGUGGUUACAAUUAUGGCACCUUAUAGCUAAGGCUUUCCUUAGUGUAUUUCUUACCCAAACUGAUGUCAAUGGAAUUUUAAAACGUGGAUCGAUGUUUAUCCUAUCAGAGCCGCAGUUCAAACACUUGCUGAUAAAAAGUGGAAUUAAUAAUACCCUUGAUCAAGAACCAAGAACCAUAAAAGUAUUGGAUAUUGGAGCUGGAGAUGGAGAAGUUACUUUACGCCUUGUAAGUGGGAUUGCUUCAACUUUCCCAUCAUCUACCAUGAAGUUAUAUGCAACUGAGUCAAGUUGGAUAAUGCGGUCAAGGCUCGCAGAAAAGCAGAUAACGGUCCUGGAAGAGAUAAACCAACUGAAUGACGUAGAGUUCAUAUCUUGCCUCAACGUACUUGAUCGCUGUAUUGAUCCACAUCAGCUACUAUAUGACAUGUACAAUGCUCUUGCACCAAACGGAAGAAUACUAUUGGCGUUAGUAUUGCCUUACAGUCACUAUGUGGAGAAAAAUUCUAGUCACAUGCCACUACGGCCUCUUAUGGAACAUUGGCCUAGCCAAUCCUGUUUACCCAUGGAAAAGGAGAUUGAAAAAUUCUUCGAGCAACUUGAAAACAUCGGAUUUAAAAUCUUAUCUUGGACCAAAGCUCCGUAUUUAUGUGAAGGGGAUCUUAAACAAUAUGUUUACUGGUUAAAUGACAUACUGGUUGUAUGCUCAAAAUAAUAGAUAGAUAACAUUAGCGAUAGCGAAUCUACGUAUGCAUUCAAUACUUUUUUUUUGAAAAUUCCGUAUAUAUGGAUGUUAAUAAUCCUUUGUGGUUGUAAAAAAUA